CAGCUGUUGGCAUUAUUGGCAACAUUGGGUGAUCCGUAUUCACUAAUUCACUUACUUAUUUUGUUAAUUUUAUCCGAGAAACGUUUAUGUUAAAUGGUAAUGAUCAAACCUAAUUUAUAUACUCAAUCCUUCCCUUGAAAAUUCGAAAUUGAUUUCAUUAUUUCUUAUUGCAUAACAGAAUGGCAUUCAGAAGUGUCACAAAUUACCGAGAAACAUUUAAGGUCAUAUUAAGAAAAAUGCACGUUAGUCAAAAGGCCUUCGUAAAUGGACAGUGGGUUGCUGCAGCAAGUGACAAAGUUUUUGAGGUUACUAAUCCCGCAAAUGGGGAAGUUGUCGGUACCGUGCCCGAUAUGGAUAUUCAAGAUGCUCAGAAUGCCAUCCAAGCUGCUGCUACGGCUUUCGAAACUUGGAAAUUCACCACGGCUAAAGAACGAUCACAACUACUUAGGAAAUGGUUCAAUUUGCUCAAUGAAAAUCAAGAAUCCAUCGCCAAAAUAAUGACAGCAGAAUCUGGAAAGCCCAUUUCCGAAGCUCUUGGAGAAGUCCACUAUGGUAACAGUUUCAUCGAAUGGUUUUCGGAACAAGCUAGAAAUGUUCGAGGUGAAAUUGUCGAAAGUCCUGUGACAUCAAAGAAAAUUCUUAUUGAUCACCAUCCAAUAGGGGUCGCAGCUCUGAUCACCCCCUGGAACUUUCCGCACGCUAUGAUCGCGAGAAAAGCAGGAGCAGCUCUGGCCGUAGGCUGCACAUGUGUGGUUAAACCAUCAGAAGACACCCCAUUAACAGCUCUGGCUAUAGCAAAAUUGGCCGAAGAUGCAGGAAUACCUAAGGGGGUUCUGAACAUUGUCACCAGUGACAGGCACAAUGCUCCUUCAAUAGGAAAACUCUUCUGCGAGAGCCCUCUUGUUGCAGGAAUCUCUUUCACAGGUUCUACAUUGGUUGGAAAGAUCCUCUAUAAGCAGUGUUCUUCUGGCGUGAAGAGAUUAGCUCUUGAACUGGGUGGUAAUGCACCUUUCAUAGUUUAUAAUUCUGCAAAUUUGGAUAAAGCUGUUGAAGGAGCUCUGGGAUCUAAGUUCAGGAACUGCGGGCAGGCCUGUGUGGCAUCAAACCGAUUUUUAAUACAAGAUGAAGUUUUUGAUGAAUUUGUAACGAAACUUAUUCACCGUGUGAAGCAACUCAAAAUUGGUAAUGGAGUUGAGCCUAAUGUUAAUCUGGGCCCCCUUAUAAACGAAACUCAGUUCAACAAGGUUUCAGAUUUAGUGAACGAUGCUAUUUCAAAGGGAGCCAAAGUUCUUACCGGUGGAAAGCCAGCAAGUCAUAUAGGAAAGCUUUUUUACGAACCAACUGUGAUUAUUGACAUAACUGAAAAUAUGAAAUUGUAUCACGAGGAAGUAUUUGGGCCAGUGAUCAACAUAAUCAGGUUCAAAACCGAGGAGGAAAGUUUGAAAAUUGCAAACGGCACACAAAGUGGACUUGCUGGAUAUUUUUAUAGUGAAGAUAUCAAACAAAUUUUCAGGGUAUCUCGAAGAAUGGAAGUGGGAAUGGUCGGGGUAAAUGAGGGUAUUAUUUCUACUGCAGAGGCUCCGUUUGGAGGUAUUAAAGAGUCGGGUUUGGGAAGAGAGGGGUCUCAUCGUGGUAUUGAAGAUUUUACAUACAUAAAGUAUACNGAAUUUUUAUCAUUUUUGUGGAAUCAAUAA